AUGGAUUCGUCUACUGAAUCGUUUCAUCAUCACAAAAAGACUUUGCAUUCGAAGCGUUCGUUUGCAAAGCAUCAUUCAACAGAUUCUCCUACUUAUGACGCGUCAGAAGAAGAUAAUGACCCUCUCAGUACUGAUGAUGGAGGCUCUUCCAUGUCCAUUCCAACCGUCUCUCGUUCAGCUAAAACCCCCUUUCAAUCAAAGGCAGUAUCUCGUGCUCGUCAUCAGCUAGCCUCCAGCAUGCUCUCAGAUGAUGGCACUGAUUCCCAAACAUAUGAUGGUGAUGUAGAGAGCAGCGUCACUGCAGCAGCCGGUUCACAUCCCUUCAACAAGGCGCUACAUCCUACUCUUCAGCAUUCUUCAUCUGCAUCAACAUUGACCUCUCAAAUCGACGAUGUGCUACCAUCUGUGAAACCUGCGGCGCUUGCACCCGAUGAACCAAUGCCUACCGCUGAAGCAACAUCUACGUUUAACCCUGCUGCCCUCACUCCCGAACAUAUUCAGGCUUUCAUACGCGAGGCGAUCGAGGGUCAAUCCUCUAGAUCCUACAAGAUUAACCCACCACCACUAAAUCGGCCUGUUAGAGUUUUUGCAGAUGGGGUAUAUGAUCUCUUUCACUUUGGUCAUGCCCUGCAAUUACGGCAGGCCAAGUUGUCUUUUCCAUCUGUACAUUUACUCGUUGGUGUUAAUUCCGAUGAGGACGUCGUCACCCAUAAAGCACGCUGUGUGAUGACACAUGCUGAGCGCUGUGAGGCUGUGCGACACUGUCGCUGGGUCGAUGAGGUCAUUCCCGACUGCCCGUGGGUUCUGGACCAAGCUUUCAUCGAUAAGUGGAAUAUCGACUACGUUGCUCAUGACGAACUCCCGUACGUGUCGGGCGAUCAUGAUGAUGUCUACGCAUUUGUAAAGGCACUAGGUAAAUUUAUUCCUACUCGACGUACACCGGGGGUGUCUACUUCGGAACUGCUCGAACGUAUUGUGUCAGGAUAUCGGAAGCGCGAUUUCGAUGGGAAGUUAGAAAAGAUAGGCCAUGCUGAACUCAAAGCUGAGGGGUCAAACUUCGAUGACAAGCGCUAGCCGAUGCGUAGUGCGCAGGCAAGGCCAGCCAGAUGAGUCUGAAUGGCAAGCUUCCUUGAGUUCGGCCUAUAUACACAGACUUUAAACACCAUAAUAUAACGUACAUUCCGGCGCUUCACCUAUGUGUCAUACUACUUCCAAGUACAUAAGCAAGCAAUUCGUUCACCUCC